UUUGCAGAAAAACACCCCAGUCUUUAUCCAAAUCCGAAAGAAACAGUGUGGAGGGGGAAACUGGAAUAUCUAGCUAAAAGCAGGAUACUUUGUAAUCUCACCUCAGAAGAGGACAAGGUAAACACUAAACAUCAACUUGUUCUUACAGGGAGGAUUCAAACCCUAAAUAUAAUAAAUGGGGGAUUACGGGUUUGGAGUGUUAGUGCAAAACAACACUGGAAAUAAGUCAGCUUUUCCAGUCAGGUUUCAUCCCCAUCUGCAGCCUCCGCACCAUCAUCAGAAUGCAACCCCCAGCCCUGCUGCUUUUAUAAAUAAUAACACAGCUGCCAAUGGCAGUAGUGCUGGGUCAGCUUGGCUCUUUCCUGCUCCAGCUGCCCAUAAUAUUCAGGAUGAGAUUCUGGGGUCAGAAAAAUCUAAAACUCAGCAACAGGAAAAGCAGGAGUCUCUAGAAAAACAGCAGCUUUCCCCUGGUCAAAGUCAGGAAGCAGGCAUGCUCUCUGAACCUGAGAAAACUAAACCUGAAGAAAACCAGGGUGACAACUCUUCAGAGAACGGCAAUGGCAAGGAGAAAAUGAGAAUAGAAUCGCCGGUGUUAACAGGAUUUGAUUAUCAAGAAGCUUCGGGGCUAGGUACUUCGACGCAGCCCUUGACAUCCACUGCAUCUUCUCUGACUGGUUUUAGUAACUGGUCUGCAGCUAUAGCCCCUUCUUCUUCUACAAUAAUUAAUGAAGAUGCAAGUUUUUUUCACCAGGGAGGGGUCCCUACUGCCUCAGCUAAUAAUGGUGCUCUGCUGUUUCAGAAUUUUCCACAUCAUGUCAGCCCUGGCUUUGGUGGUAGCUUUUCUCCCCAGAUUGGACCCCUCUCUCAACACCACCCUCAUCACCCUCAUUUUCAGCAUCAUCACAAUCAGCAUCAGCAACAGAGGAGGUCUCCUGCAAGCCCUCAUCCACCUCCAUUCACACAUAGAAAUGCUGCUUUUAAUCAGUUGCCUCAUUUGGCUAAUAAUCUUAACAAGCCACCUUCUCCAUGGAGCAGCUACCAAAGUCCAUCGCCUACACCAUCUUCAUGGAGCCCUGGUGGCGGUGGAUACGGUGGGUGGGGUGGGUCCCAAGGUCGAGACCACCGCAGAGGACUGAAUGGAGGGAUCACACCCUUGAAUUCCAUCUCGCCCUUAAAGAAGAAUUUUGCAAGUAAUCAUAUCCAGUUGCAGAAAUAUGCUCGACCCAGCUCAGCCUUUGCUCCAAAAUCGUGGAUGGAAGACAGUUUGAAUAGAACUGACAACAUUUUUCCUUUUCAGGAUCGCACAAGGACUUUUGACAUGCAUUCACUGGAGAACUCCCUAAUUGACAUAAUGAGAGCUGAAAAUGAUUCACUGAAAGCAAGGACAUAUGGGAGAAGGCGAGGUCAGUCUUCACUGUUUCCAAUGGAGGACGGGUUCUUGGAUGAUGGACGUGGGGAUCAGACUCUUCACAGUGGUUUAGGAUCACCUCACUGCUUCUCCCAUCAGAAUGGAGAACGAGUGGAGCGGUAUUCCCGUAAGGUCUUUGUUGGCGGACUGCCACCAGAUAUUGAUGAAGAUGAGAUCACUGCUAGUUUUCGUCGCUUUGGACCUUUGAUUGUAGACUGGCCUCACAAGGCAGAGAGCAAAUCUUACUUUCCUCCUAAAGGAUAUGCAUUUUUGCUGUUUCAAGAUGAAAGCUCUGUGCAGGCACUGAUUGAUGCAUGUAUUGAAGAAGAUGGAAAGCUCUAUCUGUGUGUUUCCAGCCCCACUAUCAAAGACAAACCGGUUCAGAUCCGGCCUUGGAACCUUAGUGAUAGUGAUUUUGUUAUGGAUGGUUCACAGCCUCUUGACCCACGAAAAACCAUUUUUGUUGGUGGUGUUCCUCGGCCUUUACGAGCAGUGGAACUUGCAAUGAUAAUGGAUCGGCUGUACGGAGGGGUGUGCUAUGCUGGAAUUGACACAGACCCCGAGCUGAAGUACCCAAAAGGAGCUGGGCGGGUUGCAUUUUCUAAUCAACAGAGUUACAUAGCUGCUAUCAGUGCUCGCUUUGUUCAGCUGCAGCAUGGAGAGAUAGAUAAACGGGUGGAAGUUAAGCCAUAUGUCUUGGAUGAUCAGCUUUGUGAUGAAUGUCAGGGGGCCCGUUGCGGUGGAAAAUUUGCUCCAUUUUUCUGUGCUAAUGUUACCUGUCUGCAGUAUUACUGUGAAUAUUGCUGGGCUGCUAUCCAUUCACGCGCUGGCAGGGAGUUCCACAAGCCCCUGGUGAAGGAGGGAGGAGAUCGCCCGAGACAUAUUUCAUUCCGCUGGAACUAAAUGAUCACUGCAGUGCUCAUAUGCAGGCCUCAAAUUAAGUGCACUCUUCUGUUAUCCUGAUCGUCCCUCCCCUUCCCUCCCCUUUCUCUUACUCGAGAUAGCAUGUCCUUUUGUAGUAGUCUGUAAUUUAACAAUAGAAUACUGAAAGAACGACCUAUAAUAUGGAUAUUUUGUAGACUCUUGUCAUUGAAAACUGUAUUGGGAACUCCUUUUCGUAUCGAUAACAUGUUGCAGGUGAAUUGCAUUCUCUUGUCUUUGCUACCGAGAGAACACUUAAUUUCACGCAACAUUUUCUUAGAGGAGAGAAAAAUAUUAAGAGAAUUGAAACGAUAGAGUAUUUUGGUUUUUUAAUUAAAUUAUUGUUAAUAAAGAAGGUAAGAAUACUUUUAUUAAAAUAACCAUGUAACAAUAACACUAUCAGUCUAUUCUGACACUUCCCCCCCCUCCCCCCCCCCGCCCCGGGAAGCCUGUUUUUUGCCUCUCUUUUUCUUUCAACUUUGGAUUUUUCCAGCAACAGAUGAAGUUAGCAUUUAGCUACCAACAGGAAAGAGCAUGUUUAAAGCAACAAAAAUGCAUGAGCAAAGUUGAAGCAGCAUUAUAAUAACGAUCUUUAAAAAGAAGAAGGAAACAAAAAAAUCUGUUAAGGGUUUUGAGGCUGAAAUUUUAGCUCGCUUCGUAUCUGACCAUGCCUCUGACUUACCACCCACAUCCAAAUUACUAACGAGAUAGGCAGAGCUUACUAUAUUUUCAUCAAAACGAUUACAUUUUAAGAAUUCCUGAAUGUAAACGUUGAGUCAAGUUACUACUGAGGGAGGAGUGCACUUUUCCUUUUUCUUUUCUUUGUUCUUUUUGAAAGAGAACUCAAUUGUCUGGUUACAGCCCUAGAAAUCCUACCAAAGCCUAGAGUUAAUAACAACUAGUUAACUGGCAUUUCCUCUCCUGAAGGAUAAAUAUAUAGAUUUUUAUUUUUGAUGGCUAUAUAUAACUCUAUGUCCUAAUAUACUAACGUUCAUCAGGGGCCAGCCUUUGCUCUCCAUUUUGACAUGAAAAAGUAGAAAACCUAAAGAUACCUCAAGGCUAUCACUGAUUUUUACUCAAGUUUUGAUAUUCCAUUGUGUCACAUGAACUAAAAAUUGGCUGCUUAUUCGUUUUCCAUCUUGGAUGUCAAGUUAGUUUUAAAUACCCUCUAACUUAGUUGCACCAGAAGGCAUGAACCUUCAGUAGUUUCCAAGUCUUGUUUUGCACUAUUUUCUGAGUCUGUGCAUGAAAUGGUGCAAGUUGUGCAUAUGCCUUUCUUACUCUUCCUGUAGAAAAAGUCCCAGCUGAGAUCCCACCUCUUUCAGAACUUAAUAUGGAGAAGUAAAGAAACACAGGGAUUUGAAGUGCCAACAUUGCUAAGUUAAUGCCUGCUUUAUUACCCAGAAGUUCUACCUUGAGAAGCAUUAACGCAGUGCAUGUUAAUUGAAUGAUAAAGAAUGGGUGCAGGGGUUUAGUUUGAAAUAGUUGAAUGAAGGAAUAGUUCUGAAAAAUAUUUUUAUUACUUUGAACUAAUGCCCUGGCCAACUUCUCAACAGAGUAUUCAGCAGUGUGCAAACAAACAGAUAGAGCGGCAGUCUUCUGAACUGCCCGAGUGGCAUCUGGUUCCAUCCUAGAUUCUCUCAAACCAAAGACUUGCCUCAGCACUGCUUGGAAAACACCUGCUCCAUUAAAAGCUUUCUUUGGCCCCCCUCAUCCCCUUCCCUGAGCCCAGACUAUCUUUAUGAGAAACAGUUUUUAUUUUCAAUACAGGCUUUAAUGAACCUUACCAAGUUCCAAAGGUCAAAAUGGAGACAUUUGCUGUCUACUAGUCAAGUAUAGAAAGGGAGCUGCUUUUAAUGAAAUCCCUGAAAAUAUUGACAACAGUAAUGCAAAUGCAGAGUGCUCUUGUGUAGAUUGUCAGGGACUUUUUUUUCUCUGAAGUACAUAAUUAUAGUUGGAAUGUUCCUUUAAUUUUUUUAAUGCUUGUAGGUGGCUUGGGGUGUGCUAUUGUGCCGAUCCUACCCAGUAAACACAGGUGAGAUGGGUUACCAUUACAAGAAAUAACACUGUUUGAGAACUAGCUUUGAAUAAUAAUUUUCCCUUUGUACAUGACCUGCUGAAUUUCGGUACAGUGUUUUGUAGCUAACUUAUUUUGUCAUGCACAUAAUGUAUAUUUGUUAUGCACUACUUUUGUAUAUCUUGUUUUUCCAACAGUGAGCAUUUUUAGGCACACUUUUCACUGACGGGAUAUCUCUUUAUGCAAUACCUCAAUUUUUCAUAUUGCAAAGAGUAGCUUUUUGUACUUUUAUUACUGAGAGAUCUUCAUAUACUUCAUUUUUUAAUAUAAAUAAUUUUAAUAAAUUUUAUUUUCUUAUAUUCUGCUUUUUAUACAUUUCAGUGCUCUGCAUACAUUUUGAAUUAUGGAUGUCGUGCACUGGCAAUGCUAUUUUAGAAUCUGCAGAGAAAAGAAAGCAUGUUGCUUAAACAUCUUAGCCCAGCACCAGCUAUUUGGUGUACAUAUAAUUUAAGAAAAUAGUCUAUGUAAAGUUGAGAAUUAAAGAAGAAAAAAAAAGCAUGAGAGUGACAGAUGAACGCUGUCCUUAGACCCAUGAAAUUGAAACGCAUAAAUAGAGUGUAGAAAUUUCCAAGUCAAGAACCAUCAGAAUUGUCUACCGCUUCUUACUGAGUUUUUCCAAACGAUGACACAGACGCAGACGUUUUUUGGUGAAUGUUUAGCCAUUUUUAAUCUUAAUGAAACAAUUGAUGUUAGGUGUUUGAUGCAGAAACGUGUCUGCUCUUUUAAAUUCUAUUUAAAGAGUAAAAGAGAGCCUGCUGGGUGGCAGGCAUGUAAUGUUAGUAUGCAUGACUAAUGUAAGAAAUCGUUAUUCUACUAAUAUUCACUUGUGAUUGUGUGACAAGCGUGUUUACAGAUUAUUUGGUUACACUUCGAUUUACAGGGCAUAAACAAUUAUAGACAUUACUCUGUACUUAAAUAGUGAUUACAUGUCCUUCUGGUUACAUGGCAUUUGUAGUUGGGGUUACCGUGUAGCUCCGAGUAUGAUUAACAUGUAAUUGGGUUACCGGUCUUAGGGGUUCUCACUUGGAUUUGCAAAGGGGUUACUAAGCAUGUAGUUUUAUCACACUAGCAUGGCACUGGCCAUGUAUUUACAAUGUAGUUACAGAGUAAUUACAUGGUUAUUUUUGCAAUGUAAAAUAAAGUGUUUCUGAUUAUUUUAUAUGUAAAGGAACCCCACUGCCCCGUGCUUUUUGGUAUAGUAUCUUACUUCUCCAUACACAGACCUCUGCAGAAUGCAAAUUUAAAACUUGCAGUGAAUGAAUUUAGCGUUUUUUAAGGAUGCUGUUGGAAAGACUUGAUAAUUCACCCCUUUUGUUUGUUGAAGAGUUAAAAACCUUCUGUUAAAAGGUGAUUUAAAACUUGAAUGUGAUGAAUUGUGGCAAGUUAACUUCAAGUUAUGUGCAAUACCUAUUUCAGACUUCUGGAAGAUCUUUGCAGUGUAAUUCUUUGUUUUUAAUUGCAGACAUUUAAAAAUGUCAUUUUCUACUGUUCUAGUAAAUCCUCUUUCUUGCUGGUGUUUCUAAAGAAAAGAAUCAGAAAUCAAACUUUCUACUAAUGUAAAUUUGAGAUUAUUUUUUAAAAAAAAAAGGAAUAAAAGGUUUUGGUCAUUUGCUUUAUUUUAUUAUCUUAUUUUAAAGCUACUGUGAUAGCGUUGUAAGAAUUGGGACGAUAUUGUAUUCAACUGUUUUAUUUUUUAUAUUUUUAAAUUUUAAAGUAUAAUUAGUUUUUAUAAUUUUCAUCAGAUUUUUUUGUUAUAUUUUUUGGAAGUGAAACUUUUAGCAAGUGGGUGUCUAGUUUUUACUAAUCCCUAAUAUGUUUGGUUUGUUUGGUUUUUUUUUUCUUCCCCCCCCCCCCGAUGUAUUGCUCAUAUUAUCAGAAGGAAAAGUUAUUUAAGUAUGUCAGUUAAUUGUACUACUUGGCUGAAUUUCCAUAUAGUUUUUACUGUGUAUGGGGAGGUUGUAGUAUUUAUUAUAGCAUUUUAAAUAAGGGUAAUUCAUUUUUUAUUAAAGUCAUUUUCACAUUUAAGUUCAUAUUUUUGUAUGUUCUACUCUUAAGUUAUAUAACACAAGUUACUUUUUUUAAAGAGUUCAUUUGUUGAAGUGCUAGUGAAAAUUAAUGUUAUUAAAUAGUUUGCAAAUGACUAUUUAUACCAGUAUGCAUAUAAUUUUUAAAUAUUUGUAAUGUGAGAUGUUGAAUGAAUAAAACUUUUAACUCA